UGAAUUGUACGGUGUGGCCAUCUUGAAAAAAGAUAUGUCGUAUUGGGGUAAACGUCAACAGUACCGUGUUUAUUCAACGUUAUACGUACCGACUUGGUGGUAACAAAAAUACCCCAAAACCGCAAACGCCAACUCGACUUAACUUGAUCACACUUUUCACAUUUUUCGUUAACCGGUGUAAUAAAUAUAUUAAGUUAUUGAAAGAGAAAGGAUGAAUCGAAGUGACGGAUUGGUGCAAAGGCGUAGAGUUGUUAACAGCAAUAGUGGAAAUGGAUUGGGACAGGAAGGUGGAACACCUGAUCAGAGUGGCUACAAUGAUCAAUCACCGGGAUACGGUGGUGACAAUGAUAGUAAUUCGUUGAAGGAUCUCAAUUCAAAUCCAACAGUCGAUGAGGAUUCUGACAAAGAAACACGAUUGACACUUAUGGAGGAGGUACUUCUGCUUGGUCUCAAAGAUAAAGAGGGCUACACAUCGUUCUGGAAUGACUGCAUAAGUUCAGGCCUCAGGGGCUGUAUUCUGGCUGAGCUCGGGCUGAGGGGAAGAGUUGAGCUAGAAAAAGCUGGUAUGCGUAAGAGGGGCCUCCUUUCACGCAAAUUAUUGGUCAAGAGUGAUGCACCAACUGGCGAUGUUCUUCUCGAUGAAGCACUCAAACACCUGAAGGAAUACGAUCCACCAGAGCCUGUUCAAAGUUGGAUCGAGUAUCUCAGUGGGGAGACAUGGAAUCCACUGAAGCUUCGGUACCAGUUGAAAAAUGUUAGGGAGAGAUUAGCUAAGAAUUUAGUGGAGAAGGGAGUUCUCACGACUGAAAAACAGAACUUCCUGCUGUUUGAUAUGACCACACAUCCGUUGACAGAUAAUUUGGCGAAGACGCGUCUCGUUAAAAAGAUACAAGAGGCAGUUUUAUGUCGUUGGGUUAACGAUGCUGGUCGCAUGGACAGAAGGACACUAGCACUUGUUAUUUUAGCAUAUGCGGCUGAUGUGUUAGAAAAUGCAUUUGCACCGCUCUCAGACGACGAUUACGAGGUGGCGAUGCGUCGAGUGAGGACAUUGCUGGAUCUGGACUUUGAAGCUGAAGCUACCAAGCCAAAUGCCAAUCCCGUCUUAUGGGCUGUCUUUGCUGCAUUCAAUAAGUAGCAAUGGGAAGACACAAAGAGUGACAGCGAGCGUGUCAGUUUACGUGUACAAUCGUCCAUUAAUAUCAUAUCCCAGACCAAGUCGUUGAUGUUCUGAUGUAACAGAUCUCAACGGAAUUCUUUUAACAUUACAAUGUGCCAUUACAAUUGUGGAAACAUGAAUUGUGCUAGAAUAUUAAUCAUUCCCAUGCAUUCGAAUAAACAUUUGUAUGAGUUUCGAUAGAAUUCCAUUGGGUGGAGGUAAAGGAUUUGAUGAUUAGAGAAAAAAAAUCGACUGAUUCACCUUUAUCUUUUCACUACAGAAUUCUUCACGCCGAAAUUUGAUUAUUAUUUUCACAUCAUUUUAUUCAAAGGCAUCAAAAUUGUGAUUAUCCCACCCAAUGCCAAAUUAAAUUCGAAAUGAUUGAGGUCUACUUCUACUUGGUAAUUAAUUCCGCCAGUUCUGUAUCUUUGAUAUUCUCAUCAGUGCUGAUCUGACGAAAUGACUAUGAUGGUUCAAAAGGGGUAUGCUAACGGAGUGGUUGUAAUCCUACAAUAUAUAACGUAUUAACGUUUAACAUUUCAUCGAGGCUUUGUACGUCGUUACAUGCCAUGAUUUCUUCGUAUAUUGUAGGUUAAACGUAAGGCUGAUAACACUUCAGAAAAAAACGUUUCCAGUUUCGAUUUCCUCUGUGUGACUAUGUGAGUGAUUAUUAAUGGUGUCUAUUUCCAGGUUAUCGCUCUGAUUGAUUAUCAUUCCAGUAAAUUAA